AUGGAAAUGUUCCAUCAGCUAACAAUGCGACGCGAGGUCCGAUACAGUCAGCUAUUUCUUUGGCCCGGUGAAUCUGAAGCUUCUUUAAAGACCUUCGUUAUCGACGUAGCAACAUUCGGUUCGACUAGUUCUCCGUGCUCGGCGCAAUUUGUGAAGAACUUGAACGCGGCCGAGCAUGCGGGGAAAUAUCCGAGUGCAGCAGAGGCGAUCGAGCGUCGACAUUACGUCGAUGACUAUCUACAAAGCUUUGACACCGAGGAAGAGGCGUGCCGGGUUGUUGAAGAAGUUAAGUUGGUGCAUCGGCUUGGUGGAUUUACUAUCCGGAACUGGCUCUCCAAUUCAAGUAAUGUUCUCCGACGGGUCGGGGAAACCAACUCUUCUACCGUGAAGAUCGUCGACAAUGGCGGUCCCCAAAUAGAACGUGUGCUGGGCAUGCAAUGGAUGGCGAGAGAGGAUGCUUUCGUUUUCUCCAGCGAAGUCGACGUGGGUGGUAAACCCAACCAAGCGGAGCAUCUUGCGCUGCGUAAUGAGCCAGAUAUUUGGCGCACGAAAGCCGGAUGGGAUGAUUCAAUCGACGAGUCAAUUCUGGAGCGGUGGCAGCUCUGGACGGCCAAGUUCAAAGAACUGGAAGUGGUGAGAAUAUCGCGUGCCUAUUUUCCAGAGGCGACGACAGCGGAUAUCGAGGAUCUACAGAUACACAUCUUUGUCGAUGGUAGCGAAACCGCCUAUGCAUGCGAAGCCUACUUCAGGGCCACCAUCAAAGGAAAUGUCCGAUGUGCCCUCAUUGGGGGAAAGGCAAAGGAGAGAUUCUCUAAAUCUAACCCCGAAGAGUGGAGGUAUGUUCCAUCCAAAACGAACGUUGCAGAUGAUGCAACAAAGUGGGCAAACGGACCUAAUUUGAAAGCCGACAGCCGUUGGUUCCAAGGACCGGAGUUCCUGUGGAUGCCAGAAGAAUCCUGGCCAAGACAAGCUGAAUUCGAACCAACGGAUGCAGAAGCUAGGCCUUGUCACGUCCACCUGGUGGAGCAAAACGAUAUAGUCAUCGAUUGGAAUCGCUUUUCAAAGUUUGAAAGACUUCGUCGAACGGUUGCUUACGUCCAUCGCUUCAUUGACAACUGUCGGCGUAAGGCGGCGAAACAGUUGCUGCAAUCAUCGUAUAUAACAUACGAUGAACUCAACAUGGCAGAAAAUUCUUUGUGGCAAUUGGUGCAGCAAGCAGAGUUUCCAGACGAAAUACUCCAGCUCCGGAAAGCGAAUGAAGGACGGAUGAGGAAACAAAUUCGAACGAGUCGGCUCUACAAAUUAUCACCAUUCCUCGACGAGCGUGGUGUAGUUCGAAUGGAUACAAGGUUAUCCGGAGCAAUCUUUGUUCCCUACGAUACAAAAUUCCCCAUAAUUCUGCCGAAAGGACAUCGCCUCACUAAUCUGAUCGUCGAAUGGUACCAUCGAAUCUAUCUGCACGGUAACCACGAAACUGUUAUCAACGAGGUCCGCCAACGAUUCCACGUUCCUUGUCUCCGAUCAUUGGUGCGGAAUCUAUCCAGAACGUGUAUGCAGUGUAGAGUCUCUAAAGCAAAACCAUCACGUCCCCGCGAAGCGCCGCUUCCUGAAGCGAGGCUUAGCCCAUAUACUCGACCAUUCAGUUUCGUUGGGCUGGACUACUUCGGUCCCAUCCAAGUCAAAGUCGGACGAUCUCUGGCGAAGCGAUGGGUGGCUUUGUUUACAUGCCUCACCAUUCGUGCCGUUCAUUUAGAGGUCGUGCAUUCUCUGUCCACUGAAGCGUGUAAGAUGGCCAUCCGGCGAUUCAUCGUGCGACGAGGAGCACCUUUGGAGAUUAGAAGCGACAACGGCACCAACUUCAUCGGUGCCAGCCGCGAGUUGCAGCAUACAAUCCAGGGGAUAAACCAUCAGUUGUCUGCAAUAUUCACCAACGCGGCUUCCAAGUGGAUAUUCAAUCCACCAUCAGCUCCCCAGAUGGGAGGGUCGUGGGAGAGGCUCGUUAGAUCCAUUAAAAUCGCCUUUUCAUCUAUAACAACUACCAGAAACCCGGAUGACGAAACCUUUAUCACGUUGCUAGUCGAAGCGGAAGGGAUAGUCAACUCAAGACCAUUAACGUAUGUACCGCUGGAAUCAGAAACGCAGGAGGCGCUUACGCCCAACCACUUUUUGUUAUUGAGCUCACAGGGUGUUACUCAACCCCCUAUUUCCAUCCCGGAUCGUCCAGAGUGUCUCCGGACUAAUUGGCGAUUGACAACGAAUCUGAUCGACCAGUUCUGGAGUAGAUGGGUGCGGGAGUAUCUCCCUACCAUUGCCAACAGAACGAAGUGGUACGGUGAAUCGAAGGAACCGAACGUUGGAGAUUUGGCUGUUAUCGUUGACGCAUCCGUCAGGAAUGGAUGGCUUCGUGGUAGGAUUGUUUCGGUCGUGAAAGGGCGAGAUGGGCGAAGCCGACAAGUGUUGGUGCAUACUUCAGCAGGAGUUUUGCGACGACCGAUGACUAAGGUUGCCAUCUUGGACAUUAUGAAGCCGAACGAUUAUGGAGUUGGAGGUAACGCAGCUCCUUCGAAAUCGCUGGAGAUGCAUUACGGGUCGGGGGAUGUUGGGGCGAAACUACGCCACUGUCCCACGAUAGCGCACAUCCCUGCACUUCUCAACAAGACGUCAUAG